AUGACCUACUCACCAUCAAGAUCAAAACCCAAAAGGGGUCUAGGAGCAAUCAUAGAUUCCAUCCCUACCCAAGCGGAUCGUAUACCCGAUUCAUGUUCUGAAGGAUCAGAUUCAGCUUCUGACGAUGAUGACGAUGAGGUGGUCGGGGUAGGCACAAUAGCCACUCCUCAACCUAUACCACUCACUCCUCAAGUAGGUCCGAGUAGGAGCUUAAGCAAAGGGAAGGAUAGAGCUGUAGAUUCUCCUAGGGUGGAAACGUCAGUAGGGAUAAGUGGGAGGAACGUCUAUCAGGUCGUGACUCCCGGUAAAUACGCUGAAUAUUUUGCGGUGCAAUGGAGAAAACCACAGCAAAAGAAGCAUAGUGAGUUCAGGACAUGGGAUGGAGAUGCAUUCAUCAAGGUCGAAGGUAAUAAGAUUACGAUGAUUGACGAGGAUGGAAACUACAAAGGUGUGACUGGUAAAGGAGAAAGAGAUGUUUGUGCAGAUCAGGAAUUAAGGAUCGGUGGAUUCGAUGUACUUGUCGACAGGGAGGUAUCCGAGCAAGAAUUUAAAGCGGGAACUACUAUCCUCAAUCGACCCAAAGCAUCAUCCAUCCUCGGUCCGACCGCAUAUCGUGCUACUACCUUUGCCAGACCAUUCAAAGCUCCAACUCAAACACACGCUGCUAAACCCGUAGCAGGGUACAUUCCUGGGAGGACCGCUUCAGGUGGUCUUACAGCAGCACCGCCGGGUAUACCUCUUUCUCGGAAACCUGAGAUGCCAAUCUCUAAACCUAUUGCAGCCAAAUCAUUCUAUGGUCCAUCCGUCGUCAAGCCGAAGGCGAAUAGGAUAGUCCUAGGAGAGAAAAGUAGUAAAGAAAGGAUGGAAUGGGGAGGAGCAUUGUUUAACCCCAAUGCUGAAGGUGCAGUGGUGAUGCCUAGACCACCAGAAAAGCUGGUGAAAAUGUUGAGGCAAAAAAAUCCUGACUUGGACGUGGUGGAUGUCGUGGUGGAUCCUAUUCUGGGAUCUCUGCUGAGAAAACAUCAAAAAGAAGGUGUACAGUUCAUGUACUCCUGUGUGAUGGGAUAUACAGCAGCAGAAGCGGAGGGAUGUAUUUUAGCAGAUGAUAUGGGGCUGGGAAAGACACUACAAAGUAUCGCAUUGAUACACACAUUGCUCUAUCAAUCACCCUUCGAUAAUCAGAGUCAAACUAUCCAGAAAGUAUUGAUCGUUUGUCCGGUUACCCUGGUGGAGAAUUGGAGAAAGGAAUUCAAAAAGUGGACUUCCGCCAAAACCGACAAGAGAAUCAACGUCUUAGUAGCUGAUGGUACUAAUUAUCGGGUCUCAAGCUUUAUCAACAACAAGAAUAUGCAGGUUCUGAUCAUUGGUUAUGAAAGACUGCGAAAAGAGAUCAAAGAAUUGGCUUCGUGCCAGCCUCCUAUUGGUCUUAUCGUAUGUGAUGAAGGUCAAAGAUUGAAGUCGAAAGACAACAAGACCAAGAAAAUGUUCGAUGCGUUAAGCUGUCAACGUCGUAUCAUUUUGUCCGGCACACCCAUCCAAAAUGAUCUUGCCGAGUACUGGGCUAUGGUCGACUUCACGUGUCCAGGAAUGUUGGGAAGAUAUAAUGCCUUCAACAAGCAAUAUGAAAAGCCUAUCAUGGCUGGUCGAGCGGUCGGAGCUAGUUCUAAAGUCGUCGAGCUGGGUGAGGAAAGAGCGAGUGAGCUACACAAACUCUCUAAAGAGUUCGUAUUGCGUAGAACAGCGGAUGUUAUGGAGAAUUUCUUGCCUCCCAAAACUCUGAUCGACAUGAUGCGAAAGAUUUCUAAUUCGCCGAUGUUGUUGCGAAAGAAGGACGAUGAAGGUUCCAUGUCCGACGAAAUCGGUUCUGCACUUAGCGAAGCUAAAUCUGCGAUACCUCUUGACAUCAAUGUCAACGAUGUUACAACAAGCGGUAAAAUGCUCGUUCUCGACAAAAUGCUUCACUCAAUCCAUCAGGAAACAACCGAAAAGGUAGUAGUCGUUUCGAAUUGGACAGCUACUCUGAACCUCAUUCAAGAUAUGUGCAAGAUCCGAAAGUAUCCGUAUCUUCGGUUGGACGGAAGCACCCCUCAAAAGCAACGACAGGAAUUAGUCGAUUCUUUCAACCGAGAUGUGAGAAGAGAGGAUAGCUUUGUGUUUUUACUUAGUGCUAAGGCGGGUGGAGUCGGGCUUAACUUGAUUGGGGGAUCGAGAUUAUUCCUCUUCGAUAGUGACUGGAACCCUUCAACCGAUCUUCAAGCAAUGGCAAGGAUUCAUCGUGAUGGUCAAAAGCGACCCGUUUACAUCUAUCGAUUACUUACCACCAAUGCUAUCGACGAGAAGAUAUACCAAAGACAAAUCACCAAAAUGGGUCUUUCAGAUCAGAUGAUGGAACAAGGUGAAGCUGGAAAGGAAAGCAAAGAUUCAUUCUCCCACGCCGAGUUGAGGGAUAUCUUCACUCUGAAUCUGAAGACUGAUGGAUGUCAGACUCAUGAUUUACUUGGUUGCGAUUGCACGGCCAGCGGUAAAAUUGCGGAAACGACCAGUGAAGAGACCAGCACGGUUGCGGAGGACGAUGAUGAUGGGGAGGAUGAGAAGGCCAGAUUUGUCAAUGCAGCUCAGUACGAUCCUAGACCAAGUGCAAAAAUGCUCCGAAAGACUGCUGCCGAACAACAACAGAAAUUACGAGCAUUGAGAAAAUGGACUCAUUACGAUACUUACGAUCAUCAUUCUUUCCGAGAUAUCAUCGACGUCACACUUUAUAAUAUGCUUUAUGAAUCUUGGGACUCAGAUGAGAGUGCCUUGCUCGCUGCUGCUUCUGCUGAAGAGGGCGAUAGCAAGAAGACAAAUAGGAAGAAAAGGAGGAUCGUUGAUAGCGAUGAAGAUAACGUUGAAGAAAUACCAGAUAAAGUUUUUGAUUCAGCUUCGGAAGAAGGAGAAGAGGAGGAUGGGGAUGGGGAUAUCUCAGGAUCAGAAGAAUCGACAUCUGUACCUAGUAAGCGUAAGAAAUCCGACAACAAGAACAGCCCUAGAUUGAAGAAAGAUUCUUCAGAGGAAUAUGAAGACCCCUUGUGUAUGGGUAGGAAGAAAAAACAUGAUUUGACGAAGAUUGCAGAGAAUGGUGGAACAGGAAGAGUGAUGUUUGUUUUCGAAAAGGUAUCAAAAGCCAAGAUGAAGUAA